UCAUCGAGCUAUCCAAUGGCGUGGUGAUUUUGAUUGGCAAUUGCAAUCAUCCGCAGAUCGAAAACUCGCCUAUAUCGGGAACUUCACGGACGUUGAGUUACGUUCUAUUGGGACUAUGUUGUUUCUCUUAUUAUCGAAUUGCCAAGGAAGGCUUUCCCGAUUCUACUGCGAGUGCUACGAUCGGGCGCAACGAAAGUGUGACGGCAGGUGAAGGCGGAAGGGGACACGUCAAACAUGGCUGAAGCCGCCGUGGAUGGGACUCCGAUGUCCCGAUUUUUUUGUCACAGAUGCAGCGUCGAAAUUGAACACUUGUUACCCGAUUACACUUGUCCAAACUGCUCGAGUGGAUUUAUUGAAGAGUUAGAUGCUGCAGGCAACGAUGGAGGAGCGGAUAUGGAUAUUAGCAGCGAAGACCUCAGCGAUGUCGAUGCUGAUAUCGCGAGUUAUGAUUUUCCGCAACGAAUCGGGCAGGAGCUGAGCGAUUUAUUCCUUGGACUGACGGGUGCUGGUAGUGCUAUUUCCACUGCUAUUAACAGCCCAGCUGUGGUUGCAGGUGGUGCCAGUAGCGGAAGAAGCAGUAGGCCGGGAAGUGAGAGGCGAGUGCUUAGAGCCCGUGAACGAAUAGACCCUGUCCGCCCUGGCAGGCACACUGCACUUAUCUCUCGCCCCAGGCCUCAAAUCCAUCGUGAUCGUGCCCGACAAGUAAUGCCCGUACCAAUUGAACAUCUGAUACAAGAUUUCAUCCUCAAUUUAUCUGGAGUUGGAUGGGGUGUACCAGUGGGACAAGGCCAACCCCCUGUCCUCUUUUUGGGCAAUCCGGGAGACUAUGUUUGGGGUCGAGACGGACUGGAUGCAAUAGUUACGCAAUUACUAAAUCAAAUGGAAGGCACUGGCCCACCUCCACUGCCUCGAGACCAAAUAGAUCAGAUUCCGAGUACUUUGGUUUCACAGGAACAAGUUGCACGGUACCUGUCCAAUUUGCAGGCAGAGCUUGGGAGAUCAGAAUUCAGUAGAAGCAAAUCAAGACACAGUAGCUCCAAGCCUAGCUGCUCUGUUCAGAGCAGCUAAUGAAUCAAAUAGUAGCCGGAUUUCUUCUACCUCGUCGACAUCAACCGGUAGUAGUUCCAGCAGUGAUUCGACAAACGAAAUUUGAAAUUAGCUACUCGCGAUCGUUUCAUAACCAUCUCCGACCUGGUAUAACUCUUUGAUACGGUUCACAUCUUGCUGUGUGUAAUUUACUUAAAAACUGAAACGGUGAAUCGCUCAGCAUUUCACUAUUCCUCGACCACGGUAGAAAACUUUUUCAGCACUCAGUAUAUAUCAAACUGACGUCACGAAAUCAAAUUGCCUUUGCCCUUGGAAAAGAAUAAUAUUUCAAUAUCAUUAAAUUUUAUUUUGCUUCCUGACAUUCAAAAUCCCACCUGUGGCAUGUGCUGUCUUGAUUGAUUUUUCAUUAUUGAAAUCACCUGUUUGCUUGUCCAGAUACUCACUGGAUCCAAUUUUCCACCUAAAAUCAGUAAUGCAAGUGUCAAACCAAUAAAGGGGAUAUUGCCCCAUCAUGCUGUUAGUCUAUUUGAUUCAG